GCUGCUAUUGUUGUCUACCUACGUAAUGUGUAAAUAGUGGUUUAAAAUGACGGAUAAUGAUUGUUGCUCUUUGCAGACAGACCCGUCAGAGAUGCAGGACUCUGAGAGUCGCUUAGAUGAGUGUGAAACUGCUGCUCUUGUGCUCAGUCAAAAACAACGACGAGCUGUUCUUAAACGAGAAAGAAGGAAAAGGAAACGUCAAGCUCUUGCUAAAAUAAGAGAAGGUCAUUCACAAAAUAAAGAGAACCAAGAGUACAAGUCUGAAGAUGAGGAAGAACAGAAGGCUGAUGAGCAGAGUGAGCGAUUACACCAGGAUUGGAUGGAGAGAGAAAAGAUUGCUCAAGAAGAAUUUAGGCUGAAGAGGGAGAAAGAAGAGGCAGUGCAAAAGAGAAAGGAGGAAGAAGAGCGGAAAAUAAGAGAAGAAUGGGAGGAGCAGCAAAAGAAAGAGAAAGAGGAGCGGGAGAAGAAGGAACAGGAGAAGAAACAGAGAGAGGAAGCGGUACAGAAAAUGCUGGAUGAAGCAGAGAGUCAGCUGGAAAAUGGUGUUCCUUGGAAAAACCCUGAUGCCCCAAAGGAUUAUGGGACUGAAAAGGACAGGGCAAACUGCCCCUUCUUCCUUAAAACGGGUGCUUGUAGGUUUGGAGACCGGUGCUCCCGAAAACACGAACACCCAAUAUCCAGCACCACCCUGAUGGUGAGGGCGAUGUUUGUGACGUUCGGGAUGGAGCAGAGCAGACGUGAUGACUACGACACUGAUGCCAGUCUUGAGUACUGCGAGGAGGAAACGCAACAGCAGUUUCUGGAUUUCUAUGAAGACGCUCUACCAGAGUUCAAGAACGCAGGGAGGGUGGUGCAGUUCAAGGUGAGCUGCAACUUUGAACCUCACUUGAGAGGAAACGUUUACGUUCAGUAUGACACAGAGGAGCAAUGUAAAGAAGCUUUCAUGAUGUUUAAUGGCCGCUGGUAUGCUGGAAAACAACUGCAAUGUGAAUUCUCCCCAGUAACUAGAUGGAAGACAGCCAUAUGUGGACUUUUCGACAGACGGAAAUGUCCGAAAGGGAAAAACUGCAACUUUCUACAUGUCUUCAGAAAUCCAGGCAAUGAAUUCUGGGAGGCAGACCGUGAUCUUCAUAUGUCCCCUGACCGCGGUGGAGGCUUUUCUAGUCGGCAUUCGGGAAUGUGGUCCCAGCGUGGAAAUAGCCCUGAACGAUCCCAGCGCAGGUGGACGGAUCGAACGAGUCGCAGCCGUGACCGGUACAGUUACAGGGGAAGGCGGAGCCGUAGCAGAGAGAGGCACAGUCGAAACAGGGAAAGGUGGAGUCGUAGCAGAAGCAGAGAGAGAAGGAAGCCAGAGCAAUCAAUAAUUAGGGGAUCUCAGAGAGAGCAAUCCAGGAGGAGCAGGAGUCGAUCCCACAGCAGAGACCGGUUAAAGCAAAGCGAAUAUUCAUCAGCAGACUCGAGAAGAAAGAGGUCAAAAUCAAACAGUCCGGACCAUGUAUCCAAAAACGGGUCUGUGAAACGGAGGGGUCACAGGAAGGAAAGCCAAAGCCCAGAAAACUCUGACCGAAUGGAUACACGUCAGCACAAGCACUCUAAAAAGAGCAAGAAGAAAAAAAAGGGUAAAAAGAAACACAAAAGAAAGAAGAGUAAAUCACGCAGCUCGAGCUCGUCCGCUGGAUCUGGCGAGGAUUCCCACAAUGAGGAGGGUAGCAAGACGCCGUCGAAAUCAGAAGCUCCUGCUGAAGAAUGUACAGCUGCGGCAUCCAGUGCAGGUUCGCCAGAAGAUAAAGUAGAGACCGCAACUUUGGGGUUUUGUCAUCCAGAUGAGGAGAUCCAGUGCACGCUUACAGACUCUACCAAACCCGAUAGCAUCACACAGUCUCCAUAGAUUCCAUACAAAUACAUAAACUGUUUCUGUUGUCUUAAAGCAGCUGUUGUUAUUUUCGUUUGCAUAUCAAAAUGCCUAGUUUUUACGAUUUUUGCUGAUGAAUACAUUGCCUGUACAUUUGUAAUUAAAUCUAGCAUUUUCUGAAA